AUGUGGGUGGCUCUGCCCCUCUGUCUGCUGUCCACUCUCCUGGCCACAGGGAGCGCUCUGCAAUGCGAGGUGUGUGCGUCCAGAGAGCAAUCGUGCUCCGGCCCCCUGCAGCCCUGCGCCCCCUGGGAAGGGACCUGCGUCACCGUCGUGGCAGAGAUCAGGCUGGAGGGAUCCUCCAUGUCCUACACGGGUAAAUCGUGCCUGGAGCCCAAGAACUGUGAGCCCGGCCCCUUCUCGCUGACGUACCCGCACAAUGUCACCGUGCGGGCGAACAUCGCCUGCUGUGACACCGACGGCUGCAACACCGGGGCCAUCCCAGUGCCAACUGUGAGCUCCGUCCCCAACGGCCGGCAGUGCCCGUCGAUCCUCAGAGUGGGGCCAUAUCACUGGAACGGGAAGGGGGUCUUGGCCUGCACCGGCACCGAGGACCAUUGUGUUGUGGAAUCUGGGAUAUUUAUAUUUGGUCACAUCAAAAUGAGGAAUACUGCGGCUGGAUGUGGCUCCCCUGGCGCCUGCGUGAAGAGAGCGUUGGUGAAGAAAUACACCCAGGGCGUGCCGGAGAUCCUGAGCCAGGCCAAGUGCUUCCCAGCUCCCAGGGCCGGUGGAGGCAUCGGGGAGCCCUGA